AUGCUAGGAUCGACGAGACUACAUGCGUCAGCCGAAGAUGUUAGCAAAGAUUAUUUAUCGCCACAUCGUGUAUCAACGAUGGUAUCAAUUGGUGCAAAUGAAUUACCAUAUGAAGAAUUAGAAUAUGAUGUAUUAUUAAAUUUAUUACAAGAUUUAGAUAGUGGAAGCAUUAGAAAACCGGAUAAUUUUACUUCAUUACAUUUUCUAUUGUUAAUGUUAUAUGAUUCGGAUGGUAGACAACGUGAUCGAUAUCCAAUUUGGCGAUGGUAUUAUAGAGUAAAAAAGAAACUAUUGAUAGCGAAACAUUUGACAAUUGAUAGUAAAAAUUGUAAAGAAAUGAUUUUAACUGCUUUAGAACAUAUAAUUGAAACAACUAAAGAUGAACAGCAACUAAAACAAUUGAUGUUUCAAGGUAUUCAAUUAGAACAACAAUAUUUAACAUCAACUAUUCAUGGUUUAUUUAAAACAUAUACACCAAUACAUACUUAUUUGUACAUGGAAUUACAUGAUAAACCAACAUUAAAUACAAAUAAAAAAUUAUUUAAUAUAUUUCAACAAUUAAUUCAAAAAUAUUAUUUGACAGAUAAUUGUGAUCUAAUUCAUUUUGCUAUUGCUCAUAAAAAAACGACACUAUUAACUUUAAUAUUUGAUAAUAUUAAUUGGUUAGAUUUAUCCAUGAAUUUAACAACAGAACGAGGUUGGUUACCAUUACACUAUGCAUCAUUUGUUGGUGAUAAAGAGACAGUUCGUACAAUAUGUGACACACUUACAUCAUCUACAUCUGAAAUUCAUAUCGAUAUCAUCUCAUUAUUAAUUUCAACUUUUAGAAUGAAAGAAUUUACGCUUAAUCCAAAUAAUUAUAUUCUUAAAGCAUGUGGUAUGGAAACACUAAAUAAAAAACAUAUAUCAAAACAUCAACAAAAAGAGAAUAAAGAAAAUUUAUCAGAAACUAUUUUUCCUCAAGAUAGUAAUAAUAUAAUGAUGAGACAAAAUCAUUUGCAACAAUUGCAUAUACAUUCACAAGCUAGUGGUACAACAACAAAUAAUAAUAAUAAUAACAAUAAUAAUAAUAAUAUAAAUGAUAAUGAUAUUCCCGAUGCCGAUGAACUAGAAUUAUCAUCAUUACCAUUAUUACAACGUGAUGAAUUUAUUGAAAAAAUAUUACAUGUUCGAGAUAAACAAUUACUUAUUCCAUCACCAUUAAUUCUUGCUUGUAUUGCUACAUGUGGUGAUAAAACAGAUUAUGAAGAAAUUGUUAAAAUUUUAUUAGAUUCACAUUUAGUUGAAUUUGAUGGACUUAAUCAUGAUUGUAUUUUAACUAAAGUACUCGAUUAUAUGCAAGAAAAACAGUAUGCACAAUUUCAACGUGUACAAGUAUUUAGAGAUACAGAACAAGAGGGACCAUCCGCCUUUAUUUUCUAUCAAUUUGAUGGAUUUAUUGUUAAUCAGGAUAUUAAACCAUUAUCUGGCUCCGUUGGUAAAUCUGGUUCAUCAAUGACAAUUACAACAUCAAAAUAUGAAGAAUCAGCAUCCGAUGAUGGUCAUAACAACGAAACACCUAUUAGUGUUCGAUGUUUUUUAACUGUACUUGUUCUAAGAGAUAUAUUUAUUCAAUAUCCAAGAUGGGAUUUUCAUUUGUUACGUGAAAAUAUAGAAGAACAUUUUUCAGAAUUAGAACAAGCAUUAGGUUGUCGUCCAACAAUAUUAUAUCCUGAUGGUGAUAUUAUAUCAUCUCGAAAACGUAGCGAUGUUACAUGGGAAGUAAUUAUGAAAUAUCGUUUAAGUAGUGAAGCGGGACAAUCUGUUUAUAUGCAAGUUGACUACUAUUUCUUUGAAUCAUUUGGUGAUCCAUUGGCAGAUGCACUUGCUAAUAUUUAUCAGACACCAUUUUAUUUGUCAUGUAUGACCGAUUCAACAGUCAUGAUGGAUACAAUAUUUGAUAAUUUUUUUAAAAGACGACAUUUACAUUGUUGGGGAACAAUUGCUCAACGUCAAUUAGAACAUUGUUUUGACGGUGUAUUACAAAUUAAAAAUAAUUGUACAACAUUUCUAUCAUUAUGUACAACACUAAGUCAUUAUUAUCAAGUUGAAAAUGAUCCAUUUAUGGAAGAAAAUUCAUCAAUAAUUCAACGUAUAUUUGUUCAUGCAUUUGCAUGUUGUGUUCGACGAAACGCUAAAAUAGAAUUAGAUUAUCUAAUUAAAAAUCAUGCAUUAAUCUAUUAUGAUUCAUGUCGAACAAAACCAUCAGAUAUUCGACAUAAUAUUUUAACAUAUUGUGUUGUAAGAAAUUUGGUUACUAUAUUUGAUCAACUAAUGAAUAAUAUGAAAAUGACAAUGUAUAAAACAUAUCAAAAUUCAACAAAUCCCGAUUGGCAACCACAUAUUGCUUGGAGAGAAAUAAUUCAUGUUAUCAUCGAUCCUGUAUUACAGCAAACACAUGAACAAAAUGAAUUUUCUCUAUUAGCAUGUUAUGGUGAUAAUGGAACAAAUUUUUCAUCAACUGGCAGCGUGCCUAUUUUACAUUCAACAGGUGAAGAAUAUAUUCGAUGUAUAAAAACACGUGAUAAUAUUAUAUCGAAAGCAAAACGAAAAUUACCAAGAGCAUUAUCAGAUAUUAAUAAACGAGAAACACUUAGAAGACGAAUUAGUCUUGAUCAAGAUGAUACACAAAGUCAUUCGGUAACAGGUGGUGGAGGAAAUAUUUCAAUGAAACAACCACGUAGUGGUGGUAGUCAUAAAUCACAUCGAAACAUAUUUAAAAAUGUAAAUAAUCGUUUAAAAUUCGGUAUAGGCGGAAAAAAUAAUGACAGAAAUCAUAUACUAAUGACAACAACAACAUCAAUGGAACCUGAAAAUAAGACAUCGGCAAUCGAUGAUAAUGACGCAUCAGUACCAACAGAUGCAAUUAGUUUGUUGAGCGUUACAUUACCAAAGCUAAAGGACAGAAAACAUCUGAGCUUUCUUGAUCAACAAUUAUAUCGAUGGAUCAAAUGA